UAGACAGUUGAAGGUGGGGAGUUGAAUGUCAGGAAAUGGCGUGGGAGUGGCGUGGGUUAUCGUUCAGUCCCAACAAAACUUCCAGCUUUUCGUCAUAUCUACGACAGCCGGCGACAACGACAGACCUUUUUUCUCCCCGUCACACAAAUCCUCCUCAACUCAAAUGGAACGUGCAUCACUGACGCUGACUGUGGGAGGCCAACCAAAGACUGAUGCUGAAUCAAAACCGAAACACAAGGUGGUUUCAUACAACUACAGCUCAGUUGAACGGAGUCGAGAACAGGUGAAUUUUACAUUCACUAUCACGAAAUCGCGUGCUCAGUCCAGUGUCGUUGUUUACAGAAACUAUGAUGACUGUCCUGAAUUCGAGCCCUUGUUAUGGCACAAGACGACACUGUUUUACUCGGUUGGUAUCAACCCAAAGCAAUAUAUUACAACGGUUGUGAUUUAUCAAGGAGAAAAACCGGAAACGUUUGCGAGCAAAGUAUGUUGUGACCUUUAAUUUAGCGUGAUGUCGUAAACGAUUGGUGAAGUGGUGGUGGCGAAUAGAGGACAAAUUGUAGAAAUGGUGAAUAACUUUAGCUUUCGAGAAUAAUGAAUAUAUGACGCGCGCGCGUGUGUGUGUGAAUGAAAUCUUGUAUAAGCAUAUCGUGAACCAAAAGAUAAAAUAAAAGAUUUAAAAACUGUUGAUUUCAAACGGAGGUAGAAUGCUUCAGAAGUUGCUGAUAUGUGUGACUGAUUAGAUCAACCCAAAUGUUAUUCACCUGGUAAUUAUUUUAUGAAAAACGCGGAAAAUGAAAACCAAACAUACAUUUUGGAAAGGAAAGCACAACAGAACGAAAUAUAACUAAAUUAAUUACAGAAUGUGCCCAGUUUUUAUAAAAUAUAAACAGACACAUUACCACGGAUGUACACGCAUUUUGCAAUCGUUUCUAAAUACCAUUGAAAAAAUAAUUUCAACGUUUACGAAUUUUAUGAAAGACAUUUUAUUCAGAUGAUGAUGAUGACGAUGAUGAUGAUGAUGAUGAUGAUGAUGAUGAUGUUGAUGAUGUCAUUAUUACUGUAGUUGAUGUCGAAGUAUUUACUGUUGUUGUUAUUCUCAAGAUAACGAUGGAUUUAAAUGUCAUUAAAUGUUUUGAAGAUAUUGACUGUAGUGA